AGAUAUACCAACAUUCCCAUCAAAACGGCGUCGUUCGAUCUCCACAUUUUAUCCGAAACACAAUCCUUUUGUCCACCAAUUCACAAUUUCGUUGCUCAAUUCCCACAGAUUUUGAGAAUUGAGAUGGCGUCUCUCUUGCUCGGAGUUGGAGCUCCUCCCAUGGCUUCCAGACCCCUCACAAUUCCCCCUUCUCUUUCUCUCUCUAAGUCUCAAACCCUAUUCAAUGCCCCUUCCUCCCUCUCCACCUCCAUAUCCGCCCCUACGCUUCCUCUCAUUUUCUGCGGCCGAGGGGACAAGAAAACUGCUAGGGGAAAGCGCUUCAAUCACUCAUUCGGCAAUGCGAGGCCCAAGGAUAAGAAGAAGGGGAGAGGGCCGCCGAGGGUUCCGGCGCCGCCGCUUCCGCCGAGAAAAGAUAAGUACGACGACGGCGAAGUGGUCAAGAUUGAGAUUGACGAGUCUCUGUUUGGCAACUGAAUGAAAUUUUCGGUUUUAUGAUUCGUGUAAUUUUUGUUAUAAUGGGAAAAUCUUAGCUAUGAGAAUCGCUUGAGUUUUAUUUUAAUUUUGUGAUUUUUUUUAUAAUUGUUGUUUAUAUAGUAUGUUCAUAUUAACUUCUGAGGUUAUAUUUAUCAUUCUAUAUCAUAAUUCCUCAAGAAAA